AUGGCACCCAAACGCACCGCCUCCUCCCAGAAGGCCGCCGCUGCCUCCGCCGACCACGCCCAGCAACUCCCCUCCUCGCCCGCGGGACCGACCGCCGCCGCCGCGAUCCCGGGCACCAUGACCUCGCAGCCCAAGGCCGGCCCCAUCACCAUGACUCCCAAGGGCGUCUCCUCCGGCGCCCAGAACUGGGACCGGGUCCUCGCCAACCUCUACAACCACUACGUCAACAACACGCCGCAGCGCACGAAGCUGAUUGACGUCUUCAUGGCCUUCCUUGUCGUCGUCGGGGCGCUGCAGUUCCUGUACUGCGUCAUCGCUGGCAACUUUCCCUUCAACGCCUUCCUCUCUGGUUUCUCUGCUACCGUCGGCCAAUUCGUCCUCACUGCUUCCUUGCGCAUCCAGACCACCGAGGCCAACAAGUCCGACUUCCCUUCCGUAUCACCCGAGAGAGCGUUUGCCGACUACGUCGCAUGCAGCUUGAUCCUCCACUUCUUCUGCGUCAACUUCAUAAACUAA